AUGCAGAUACUAAAUAUAGGAAUACUUGGUGUAUUAACAUUAUUCCAAGCUGCACAGAUAAGAUGCUACGACUUCAUGAAUAAAAAACCAGUUAUCCAGCCGUUCGUGUGUCCCUGUGAGUAUAACUUCGAUCCCGUCUGCGGCUCUGACGGGGUCACAUACACCAACCGAUGUUUGCUCGAAUGCUACAGCAACAACGGCGAGCAGACGGGCCAACCGCCAGUCACCGAGUGCACUGACGGCGUCACGUGCAGCGAUUGUGUUUGCCAAUCGAUAUACCUCCCAGUGUGCAGCAUGAGCGGUCAAACGUACCCUAACGAAUGCGAGUUGUCAUGUGAGAACCACAGACGCGCGCAGGGGAAACGAUCUCUCGAAUACCUCGCGUACAGAGCCGCUUGCCUCGGCCCUCCCGGCGAGUGCUCGACCAUCGCAUCCCCCGUAUGCGGCUCCGACAACAUUCAGUACAGAAACCUUUGCGUACUCAACUGCGCUAACGGCAACGCCAAAACUAAAGGUCUACCUCCGAUCGAGUUCAAGAACGUAGGAGCCUGUCUAGAUGCAUGCCAGUGCCCCGAUAUGCAGGACCCCGUUUGUGGAAGCGAUGGCAUCCAAUAUGAUAACCCCUGCGAAAUCGCGUGUCAGAAUAGGAAGCAGACUUGCUCUUUAAGUGGCCCGAUCGUGCCGAACCCGUCCAAAUUAUGUCUGCCGUGUAUGUGCCCGUUAGUAUAUAACCCCGUGUGUGGGACUGAUGGUAAACUAGAGCCGAAGACAUUCCCGAAUCCGUGCGAGCUUAAUUGUGAGGCUGAACGCACUAAAAAUCCUUCCUUAAGCGUUAUAGCUUUCGGUGUUUGCACGUCGUGUUACUGUACGGAACAGUACCGGCCGGUUUGUGGCACUGACUGUAAAACAUAUACAAAUGAGUGUGAGCUGAGAUGCGCUAACAAUCGUCGCCCGAAGAGUGACCCGGCUAUAAGCAUGUUCCACUCCGGUCCGUGCCAGGUGGAGAACUGCGAUUGCAGUUACUGCGGCACGGAGUAUAUGCCACUGUGCGGCAGCGACGGCGUCACCUACUGGAACUUGUGCUGGUUGAACUGCAACAGCGACUGCAGCAAGAAGCAGAGUGGCAAACAAAUAUUCCUGGCUUCGAGAGGUUCAUGUUCCCUCUGA